AUGAUGAUUAUACUUAAUUCCCUACAACUUCUUGAAUUUGCAAGUUUAUACAGCCAAGGAAACUGUGUAACGAUCAUCCAGGAAAGUUUGGAACUCUCAACAGAUUUACAAGUUCAGGAAGUUAAUCCUAAAGUAGUUCAAGACUUAAUUGCUAAUCAAAACUUUCCUUCAAUGCUGGAUAUUUUAAGAUUUCAAUGA